AUGGAGCCUUUCCCUACACAACCUAAUUUAUCUCUUCAAAUUAGUCCUUCCAACACCAAAUCCACCACAGCUUGGAGGAAAACAGAUGAAGAGAUGGAUUUUGGUUUCUGGAGGAGAGCUUUAGAUUCCAGUAACACUAUUGGUUCGACAACGAUGAUGGCGGUGAAUCCCAAUACCUCUUUCGAGCUUUCCUUGGCGAAUCCAAGGGCUUCUUCUUCCUCUUCAUAUUCUAACUCCAACCAUCUUCAUCAUCUUCUUCGGCAUGGCCAUGGCCAUGGUAGCAAUCUUAUUCAUCAACCACUACUACAAAACAAAAGGCAACAACAUCAAGUUCUUCAUCACCAACAACAUCAAGAACUUCACCAAGAGCUUGGAUUCUUAAGACCCAUAAGAGGGAUUCCUAUGUACCAUAACCUUCCUUCUUUUGUCUAGCAACAACAACCGCUAGAUUCUUCUGCAUCUACUAUUUUUUUUUUUGGUAGAUCUGCAUCUACUAUAACUACUACUUCUUCUUCAACUUCUUUCCAACCUCAAACCCUCAUGAGAUCAAGAUUCUUAUCAUUGAGGUUUCCUGCCAAAAGAAGCAUGAGAGCUCCUCGAAUGCGAUGGACCACCACCCUCCAUGCUCAUUUUGUUCAUGGUGUUGAGCUCCUCCUUUGUUUAGUCUUUGCAGGUGAACAGAGCAGAGCAGUGCAGCGGCAACCCAAGGUUAGGGAUAUUAGAGUAGGGUUGUCGAUUUUGAGAAAGUAUUUCCCAAACUUUGCUUUACUAAUUGGGGACGAAGGCAGUGCCGCAGUGAUUGGUGCCAAGGACGACGGCGACCGCCGCACCUGCUCGGCUGCUCCACAGACAGCACGCGAG